CCGCCGAGCCGCCAGCUCCGAGCACGCUGCGCAGCGAGCCGCCGCAUCCGCACCCGCACCCAUGCUGCUGACGCUGGCCAGUGGCGCCCUCUUCUUCCCGGGGCUCUUCGCGCUCAGCACCUGGGCGCUGCGCCGCUCGCGGCCGGGAUGGACGGACGACGACUGCCUGACGGUCGGCACCAGGCUGGUGUCCUCCGUGCAGGCAGUGCUGGCCACCGGGGCGGGGCUCACCAUCAUCUGCUCCUGCAGCAACGUGGUUUCAGACAGGCACUGGCUUGCCAGAGAGUAUGUCUGGUUUCUCAUCCCAUACAUGAUCUACGACUGCUAUGCCAUGUACCUCUGCGAAUGGUGCCGAACCAGAGACCAGAAACUCAGACGUGCCACCAUUUUCCGCAACUUCCUGAUUGAAAACCGCCUAAUGGUCACACAUCAUGCGGUCAUCCUGUUUGUCCUUGUACCUGUUUCACAGAAGCUCAGGGGAGAACUUGGAGACUUCUUUGUCGGCUGCAUCUUCACAGCAGAACUGAGCACUCCAUUUGUGUCGUUGGGCAGAGUUCUGAUUCAGCUAAAGCAGCAGCAUACCCUCCUUUACAAGGUCAACGGAAUCCUCACGCUGACCACCUUUCUGUUCUGCCGGAUCCUUCUUUUCCCCUUCAUGUACUGGUCCUAUGCCCAACACAAAGGAAUAAGCCUGCUCCGAGUACCAUUUAAUAUCCCUUUACACUGCAACGUGGCCAAUGCCGUCCUCAUCUCUCCCCAGCUCUACUGGUUCUCACUGCUGUGCAGGAAGGCAGCCCGGCUCUUUGACACUGCCAAAGCCAAAAAGGAUGGUUAAUUACUCUCAGGAGCCAGGCUCUUACACUAGCUGCUGCCUCUACUCAGUAUUCCAAGGACCAAAUUGUGCCUGGGGGAGCUUCUGCCUUCUGGAUAUUGAUGAGCCUCUGGAUUUGAGGAUUUCUUUCUUCUUUCUUUCUUUCUUUCUUUCUUUCUUUCUUUCUUUCUUUCUUCCUUCCUUUCUUUCUUUCUUUCUUCUUUCUUUCUUUUUCUUUCUCUUUCCUUUUCUUUCUUUUUUUAUUUUUUUGAGGUUUUCUUUUUAAGAAUCCCCAGUACCUUCCCCUUAAACCUGCUCCUUUUGCAAAAGCACUCCCCCUCCCCCCAGCGGUAACUUGGAUCCUGUCAAACCUCCACUGCAGCAAAGUAGUUUUAAUGCAAGCCUGAGGAGCCUUCCUUGGGCCUAUGGUAAGAGCUCUGGGAGGUGAAGCACCGCUAUCCUCACUCAGGGCAACAUCCAUAAUACUGGGCCAAAAGCAAGUGACAGCUUGGUUCUUGAAAGUGUCAUUUUUUUUCCAACACUAGGAAAACCAUUGUGGGUGUGUAGUCUUCUGUUUACUAGACAGCCCUGGUCCUCUCAUCGGUAUAUCAACAAUGAAUUCUCAUCCUACUGACUUCCAGUUAGAAGGGCUCGCUGCCAAUGGGCAAGAAGCAGGGCUGAGAACCUGAAGCACUUGAGUAGGUCAGGAGGCCAGCAGAGGCCCGCAGCUCUGCUGGCUGACCUGGUAUAAAGACAGUAGCACAAACUUGGGAGCUUGUUGCAAGCACUCAGCAACACCAUUCCUUUCUUCGCACAACCUCUCAUACCCAGUUUUCUGUGCCCACGUAGAAAGCUGGCCUAAAACUCCAGGGACAAAGUAAAGUGAUGGCUUCUGUAGUGGAUUACUGGAUCAUCCCACUCUGACACUGCCUUUUUAAUUCAAAGCUGAUAGAGAUGUCCACUCCAACCCUUGAGGUCUCAGCCAGGCCAGUGUUCUAGCGCUUCCUGAAGAGACCCAUUUCUGUGUUGAAUGUGCAGCCAUUCAGCCACAGAAGACUAGAGAACACGGGGGCAGCCAAGCUGGCCAGAACAUGUUCUGUGGACCAAUGUGGUAGCCGUGUAGAGCAGGAUCAUCCCUCGCCACAGGCUGGGUAUGAGAGGACCUGCUGCCUCUUCCAAGUGGCAGCAAAAACACUACAAGUGCCUUGUAAUUCACUGUCCAUGGACUUUUAAAGGACUGGAUGAUGAUGUCUCAAAUUUUGAGUUUCAGUUGUUAAUAGGUGCCACUUA